CUCUCUGUUUAGGCAGUCUUCUGGAGAAACUUGAAACAGGAGCAUAUUUUUAAUCAAAUAAAAGGAGUGUGGGUGUGUGUAUCAAAUUUACUAUGCUAGGACUGAAUAGCCAUUCGCCCAUGCGGGGUUAAGUGUGAUAAAUAGAGGGAGGUGGGUGGGAGUGGGGAGGUAUUUUCUAGUGCCGGAGAUAAGCCUUCAUGCAAUCAUUUUCCCCACAUCUUUAGCUGCGAGUAGCUCUCUCUCUCUCUCUCUCUCACUCACUCACUCUCUCACUCACACUCCGCAGAGAGAAGACUGGGUUUUCUUGUAGUUUGAUCUCAAACAGCAACUGAAAUGGUUAAAGGUGGAGACUUCAAGGUCCUCAAAAUCCAGACAUACAUACUCAAAGUGAACAUGCACUGCGAUGGAUGCAAGGAGAAAGUUAAGAAGCUCCUCCGAAAAAUUGAGGGAGUCUGCUCGGUAAGCAUAGAUGUGGAGCACCAGAGGGUCACUGUCACAGGAAAUGUGGACUCUGGAACUCUGAUCAAGAAGCUGGCCAGAUCUGGCAAGCGUGCAGAGAUCUGGUCUCAGAAAACCAGCAGCCAAAACCCCAAGACCAACCAACAGAAGCAACAGAAGCAAGCUGCUGCUGCUGCUGCUGCUGCCCAUCCGAUGAAGGAUGGCCAAAAGAACAACAAAGACGAAGGCAAGCAAGGCCUCAUCCAAGGCCUCCAAGCCUUCAAGAAUCAGCACAAUAAGCUUUCCUCGUUGAGCUCUGAUGAGGAGGAUUAUUAUGAUGAUGAUGAUGACGACGACGAAGAUGAUGGCCUAGACGAGCUGCCUUUCCUCAAUAUGAACCAAAUCAAUUUUCUGAGACAGGCGAGCAAUGCAGCAGCCAAUGCAAAGAAAACUGGCCAUGGUAAUCCUAUGGGGAAUGGUAACAGUGGAGCUGGAAACAAGGGUGGAGGAAAUCCCAACCAGAAUCAGAUGAAGAACCCAAAUGGAUCGCAGCAAAAGGGUAUCGAUGUUCCGGGUCAUAGCAAAAUCGUCAAUGGUGUCCACUUGGGUGGUGGUAAUCCUCAUGCAGGCGAGGGAAGACGGGUGAAUGACAUCAAUGGCAUGAUGAUGGGCCUCCAUGGGCUUGGUGCGAACAAAGGUGGCGGCUUUCAGGGAAAUGGAUUCCCUGGUUACACAAGGUUCCCAUCAAAUGGUGAGGGAAAUGGCGGGCAUCAUCAAUCCCCCAUGAUGGUGAACAUGCAAGGGUAUCAGGCCCAUCCAUCAUCCAUCAUGAACAACCUGAGAGGGCACAACAAUAACAUGAUGAUGCAUCCCAGCACAUACAUGCAGCCUCAGAUGAUGUACCAUAGGUCCCCUCAGAUACCUCCUUACACUGGUUACUACCACCACUUGUAUCCAAACCCGUACCAUCCCAAUAACCAGUCAGAAAAUGAUGACUAUGGUGUCCAUCUUUUCAGCGACGAGAACACCAAGGGUUGUAUUGUGAUGUAGAAGCGGUUCAUUGCUUGAAGUUUUUUCUUUCCUUUUUUUUUUCUUUUUAGUUCUUCGUUGUGGCAAUGGCCUUAUGGAUUCUUCCUAUGGUUAGUGCAUUAGUUUGGUGCUUAAAACUGAUGGCUUUCUGGAUAUUUACUUCAAGCAGCUAUGGAACAUAUAUAUUAAUGUAAUUUACUAUUUUGUGCUUUCCA